AGAGAGUGAGAUUGGAGAGGAGGACACAGGCACUCAAAACCCUGUCUGUGCUUGGUAUAUUAGGCAGCCAGCGCUCUUGGCUGGGAGCCCAGACGAGGCUUUUGUAAUCAAAACAUGAUCUUGUAUGCUGUGCAACCAGUGCUGAGAAAGGCCGUCUGAUGGCUCUCCUCUUUUAGCUCUGUGCUGGAAUCUGCCGGGCUCUGCUGCCGAUGUCUGACAUGCACCGAGCGGAUGCCACUGUGGAUGAUGCUGUGCUAAGGAAGAAAGAACAGAAGGAUGUUGAGCUCGAUAAGAAAAUCCUGGCUCUGCGGAAGAAGAAUGAAGCUCUUAUACGAAGAUACCAGGAAAUAGAAGAGGACAAAAAACGAGCUGAGCAGGAGGGAAUGGCUGUUACCUCCAGGAAGCCCAAGCAAGAUGGACUCACUAUUACCAUCACCAAAGCUCACAAUGACAAAAGGGUUGUGAGUGAGAAAAAGAGCCCCGGCCCUGUGAGCACUGGAUUUGGCAUCGGCAGUGAGGAAGAGGAGGAGGAGGAGGAGGAAGCAGAUCAUAUGUUCACAUUCAGAAUGGGGAAGAGGAUGCAGCUAGCUGUUACCAUGGACAACAAAGCUAAGGGCAAACGAAUUGUCAGUGAGAAGCGCACUGAGUGCUUCCCUGGUCCAGGCAGGAUGCCAGACCUGAGUGAAGAAGAAACAGAUCACUUGGUGGCUGUCCGCCGGGGGAGAAGAAUGCAGAUUGCCAUCACCAUGGAUAACAAGGAAAAGAUAGAGGAGAGGAGAACAGUGGAGAAGAGGAGAUCAGACAGUGACAGAGGCCCUGAAAGUGAGCAUGGCCGUAAGGAGGGUGGGAAGUCAGUCCAGAAGUGCCUCGGAGACCUCAGUUUCCCCUUGAGUGGACGGGAACGCUCAGAGUACAUCCGCUGGAAGAGAGAGCGAGAUCAGAUUGACCUGGAGCGACUGGCACGGCACAAGAAUGCAAAGGGCGAGUGGAGGCGGGCUUGGGAUGUGGAGAAGUCAGAGCACAUGUUUGAAGAGGACUUUGUUAAGGAUGGGGAGCCAGCCUUGGAUAAUCCCAGCAAUAAGAAAGGGGGAAGAAAUGCAAGGAAAUUCCAGCACAGGUCCUUUCCUUCCAAUGGGAGAGGUGCAGGACAGCACAGCGUGAAUGUGAGCGAUCCUGGUCCCAAAGCAACGAGCAGCCGAGCCAAAGGAAAGGACAGACUGACGGGCAGAGCCAGAAGGUGGGAUGCAAAAGAAGGCGAGGACACGUCUUUUCUGAAGGAUGAACCUGACAGCCAGAGGAACCUUGGUACAGACAAGCAGAAAAGCAAAGGUGAAGAGGUGGUGGAAGAGAACUGCCCAGCUGAGCUGGAGGAGAAGGUGAAACCAUCAAACCUUCAAGAGCCUGGGAGGCGAAGUGGGAAGGCCUGGCCUGCCCACAGUGGCCAGAAGGAGGAAAGGAGAAGAGUGAAAGGACUCAGCAAGGAGGUCUCUGAGGCCAGCACAGGUGACUUGGAGCUGAGGUCCAAGGCAAGUGAGGAACUUAUUGAGGAAGAUGCCAAUGGGAAGCCUGGCACUGCUGAUAUCCCCCAGGAGAAUGAGAGCACAAAUAGCAGUGCUUCACAAAGUGGCCUUUCAAGUGCUGUGCAAGCCACUAAGCACAACAGUGAGGAGACCUUAUUAUUGCCUGUGGGAGCUGAGUUAGAUGGAGGUGGCUUAGAGAAAAAGACAGCUUCUGAACAGGAAUCAACUGAGGACUCUUCUAACAGUCACGGAGGAAAAAUGGACACAGAUGCAGGAGACAGACUGGAUGCAGAUCAAGGACAGCUGGUGGGAAAAAGAGGGGAGGAAGUGGCCCAAAACACUGCCCUUGAGGGACAAACACUUGCUCUGAAAAGAGUUGAAGAUGCUGAAGACACUCAACACACAGGAGAACCUUUGCCCACAGAGAAAAACAAUUCCAAUGGGACUGUUAUUCCUGAGCAGGAUGUGGCAAAACGACAGUCCAGGGAAGGGGACCAGCCUGAGGAUGGCAAGGACAAGGACAGUGGGGACACUCUCAACUAGCAAAUAAUGCAACAGUCUGUCUGAGAUGGAAGGAUAACGUGCUGAAGGUGGUGGAUGAGAAGAGGAGCACGACGAUAGCCUCACUCUUUGAUCUUCUAUGAAAUCAACUUUCAGCGCCUUCCCUGUGCCCUUCAUCACCCUCAAGCUCAAUUUCAGCAUCAGCCCUUCCUCUCCAUAUGCCAAAGAGCAGGGAAGGCUACCCACACUCCCCACAAGGAAAACACCAUCACUUCUCUUUUUUAUUUAUUUUGCCUAUAUUGUAGCUGUGUGGCAAGCCAAUGAAACAUCUACUGGAUGCACUUUAUUUUGUUUCAUAACUAAUUCUGUUUAAAGUUAAGAUUUUUUCCUUCUGGGCAGCUAACCCACUUCCUCCCCCAGAGGCUGGCAGGGAAGCACAUGUGCCAGUAGGGAGCAGAGGCUGCUGGGCUCUCCAGAGCAGACAAAUGACAAAGCAGAGCAUUAGGAGACAGCAUGAGAUGCUAUGUCGUAGCUCAGUAGGUGGGUGAAGUAGUGGUCAGGGCAGCUCUUAUAAUAGAGAUCUGCGUGUAGUUGAAGUGGUGGUGGGACAUAGAGUUGCAUGGGUCACGGGCACAAAGAGCAUUCUUGGGUUACACUGUGGAGCACAGAUGGUCCUAUAUGGAGCCAGGAGUUGGAUCCUUGUGGGUCCUUUCCAACUUGGGCCGUUUUAUGGUUCUCUGUUGGAAGAACAGCGUUUUUUCCUAUAGGAGGUAGCUGCUUCAUCCAUGAAGCUUGGCAAAGUACUGCUGCCUAAGACCAAGAAGUUCAAAAGCUGCAUUGACUGGGGAUACAGCUUUGUGUUAAGUAAGACAAGGAGCAGAGCAGCACAGAUGCAAUCCCCUCCUCCAGCAGCAAGGAAGGAGCUGGCAGUGAGGAACACAGCCAAACUGGAGUUGAAAGUCAGAGCUUCCUGUCAAGUGCCAACCUUCCUGGUUGUGCCUUUCAAAGCCUUGGGCUUGAAGAAGAGGGCAGCUGCUCCCUUGAAAGCUGCCAAGCAUAACUUUGGAGCAAACCUUAAAAGAUACCUUUCACAUUAAGGAACUGAGUGAGCAUUACAAGCACAAAUGAGGACAAAAAACCCAGCUUGGAUUCCCAAGCAGCUGUAAGGCUUACAGCAAACAGCAACUAUAUGGCUACCUAUUAAGGGGCAGGCAGAAAGCAGGCACAAGUGCUUAGAUUCCUAAGUGACAGAGAAGCAAGGAUAUCACCUUCCCUUUGAAGCACUGCCCUAAAAACCUGAAGCAGUUUCAGGAGUCAACUGCAGGCACGUAUGCAUGGAGAUUUAUUGGAUUUCAUUGCAAGAUGCAUUUGCUAGCUAGAAUGGCAGGCUGCCUUGGUGAUAAGAUUGGCAUAUGUGGUGGACUGAAAUACUGUAUGCUGUUUUAAUAAACUAGUAUUUGCACAUGCAAA